UAGGUAAUUUUUAGCGCUUUUCGAGCAGCAAUUGUUUAUAUCUGAAACGUAAUAAUUAAUUGAAAUACGAAUUAAUUGAAAGCUAAUCCCCGGGCAGCCAUGAACGAAUCGGUGCGCUACGACCGCUGUCACCAGGUGCAGCUGGGCGUUCACAGCGAGGUGCAAACGUGCGCCGCCACCGAGGAGGAUCCCCAGAGCUUGCCGCCGCAGAGUACUGGUACCAUCCUCUUCACACAUGACGGUGUACUCCUGAAGAAGGCCAGCGCGGAGCACAUCUCGGACCUAAACACAAGCGGCUCGCUGUCGCUAGUAGAGUACUCCUCGGCGGAGCGGCCUUGUCGGCGACUGCUGCUGGAAUGGCAGCCCAACGACAGCAUCAUGAUUGCGGACGACAGCCAGGACCAGGGCGACUGGGCGCUGGUGGAUAGAAUAUCCGGCAGGACGCGCACCACAUCCGAGUGCCGUGCCUUCAAUACAAAGCCCAGUGGCGGCGGGAGCGGCGGUGUCGCCCGCGCCCGCAUCAUGCGUGCCCAGCUGGACGACCUGCAGUCCGUAGAGGUGCGUCAUCGCGGCCAGACCAUCCGGUUCAUGCGCAAGGGCAGCGGCGGCCUGCACAGCGAGUACUUCUUUCAGCACGGCAACGCCGACCUCUUUGUGCGCUCCAUGCGGGACCUGCACUUUAUCGAGGGCAACGGCAACGAGGAGUACACCAUCCUAACCACCGAGAACCAGAAGCUGAAGAAGACCUUUGCCGAGCUGGACAUUGGCCAGAUUAAGUCCAGCCAUUUGCCGCGCGAAAGUUGGCUGCCCAACAAGCUGGCCGGUUUCUUGGGCAACAUACCGGACUACGUGCAGCCGCCGUUUCAGCGCUCGCCCAAGUCCCGCCCCGGGUCCCUCAUCGCCGGCGAACGGCAGACUUCGCCGGACAACUAUCAAAUCAUUGGCUUGAGCGGCAGCACAAACAGCGCCUGCUCUUCAAACGGCCAGAGCCGCGGCGGGAGUGCGGAAAAAUCGCCUGCAGACAGCGAGCUGGAGAACCUGGAAAAGAUGGUCAACAACUUGCCGGAUCGCCAGCGUGUGGAACGAGGGCUGCCUCUCACAGAGACCCAGUGGCUGGAGUUCCAAACGCCCGACGGCCGCAUCUCGGACAGCGACCGCAUCCGGGAGCUCGUCUUCCGCGGCGGCAUCGUACACAGCCUGCGGCCGGAAGUGUGGAAAUUCCUGCUCAAUUACUAUCAGUGGUCAGACACCCAGGUGCAGCGCAUCGAGCGACGCAAGCAGAAAUCUGUGGAAUACUACAACAUGAAAGCCCAGUGGCUAGCCAUGACCACGGCCCAGGAGGCGAACUUCAGCGGGUAUCGCGAGCGCAAGUGCCAGAUCGAGAAGGAUGUGAAGCGCACGGAUCGCACGCUGCAGUUCUUUGCCGGCGAGGACAAUCCCAAUCUGUCGCUGCUGCAGGGCAUCCUCAUGACCUACGUGAUGUAUAACUUUGACCUGGGCUACGUCCAAGGCAUGUCGGACCUGCUGGCGCCCAUACUAGAGAUGCAGGUGAACGAGGUGGACGCCUUCUGGUGUUUCGCCGGCUUCAUGGAGCUGGUGUUGACCAACUUUGACAUGGACCAGGCGGGCAUGAAGACGCAGUUCGCGCAGCUCCGUCGGCUAAUCGAGUUCGCCAAUGCUCCGCUGUUCCACUACAUGCGUUCCCAUGACUCGGACAACAUGUACUUCUGCUUCCGUUGGCUGCUCGUCUGGUACAAGCGGGAGUUGAGCAACGAGGAUGUCCUCCGCCUAUGGGAGUGCCUCUGGACCCGCCUGCCCUGUCCCAAUUUCCACCUGCUCUUCUCGGUGGCCAUUCUCGAUCAGGAGACGAGCGUUAUUAUCGACAGUCAGUACGAGUUCACCGAGAUUCUAAAGCAUGUCAACGAACUAGCUGGCCACAUCGAUGUCCAAAAGACACUGGAGAUCGCCGAGGCUAUCUAUCUGCAGCUCAAGGCUUCGGAGACGCUGCCCAACGACAUACGGGCGAUCAUUGGCGAGCCCCUGCUCCCGCCAACCGCCAGCGGCGAGGAGGUGGAUUCUGCCGCAGCCUUGGAUGAUGAGACGGCCUACUCUGACGACGGCUUCGACGAGCUUGUGCGGGAGCUAACGCCGGAGGAGAAGUUGCGACAGCAAGCCCUCCUGGAGGAGGCGUGCGAACGCUCGCUCUUCCUGCAGUACCAUUAACGAACGACUUGGAGGAAGCGUGCAAGAAGCCAAACCAAAAGCCCUUAGCGCAAAUUACACUGCCCACUGCGGGGUCCUCUAGGCGAACAAGAUGAUUCUGUUUAGGGCUGCCAAUUAAUCAAGUUAUUUUAGCAAUUAAUCGAAGACCAUUAACAGAAUUGGCCUGGUAUCGUUUUCGAAAAGUUAAGUUUCUUAAGAGAGUUAUGUUUUCAGUUUCAAGCGAUGCGCUACCCUAACAGGCAUCUUUGUGCAACUAAUUUGGAUCCUGUGGGGCAGUGUCGUUAUUAUCUUAGACUUUAAGACUCAAAGUUUACUACCGCAUCAAAAGCGAAGCUAAGCUAGCCAAGUGCUUUAAACUCUGCUGAUACACAGAUUUAUAUAUAUAUAUAUUGUAUAUUAUACAUAUUUGUACGUUUUUGUAUUUAUUGUAAGUUGUAUCCCGAACCCUACACCCCUAACCCUAACCCAACGCAUCCCCUUGUCAAAGAAUCGCCCCUCAAACAAGGUUAUUAAUUAUUUAAAGUACACUCAACGGGUUUUAAGGUAUUUUAACCUUGUUUUCUUCAUCCAAACACCACACACACACACAAGUACAUUCAAAAUGCGUAGUAAAAGUAUCUAAAAAUAAAACACCUGGUUUGCACACACGAUAA